UAAGCCUCCAGCGGCUGGAAGGGUAGGAGGGAGAGUGCCUCAUGUCAGUCAGUGGCUGGAACUGCUCCGGUUAGUGUGGUCGAUGCUCUCUCUCUGUUAGCAGUCAAAAUGAAAACAAUAAAUUUCAUCCUCCUUGCAGUGUUUAUUCUCUAUUCAUGUCAACUUUCUCAUCAAACUGCAAGCCAAGAAACAGAUAUAGCUUCAAGUCAGACAUGGCCUGAAGGGAAUCCACAAGAUGCCUACAAGGAAGAAGAUAAAACAGAAGAAGAAACUAUCCGCAGGCCUCGAGGAAAAAGAAGGCGCAGGUUGCGAAAAAGGCAGAGGAACCACCAAGUAGAUGAAAUAGACAGGACAAACAACCCUGAACACAGCCAAGACAACUACUACGGCAGAAGCGAAUUUGAUAAUGAAGGUGUCACUCCUGUGGAAUAUCCUCGACGCAGGCCAGGAAAGAGAAGAAGAAGGCCAUACAGAAGAUAUCAAGAUGAUGAAAACAGCCCUCCAAAACCACUCAGGCGUAGAAGAAAAGGAGGAAGAAAGAAAAUAAGGCCAGAAAUCCAAGAAGAAAUAAUACCAACUGAAAUUCCUCAUGAAUCCAUAAGGAAUGAAGAAAAUUACGAAAUUGAAACAACAACCUCCUUACCGAAAAUCAGCCCUAAUAUAGAUGAAAAUUUAACAGAAGAAAAGGUGCUCAUUACUGAAGCAAACAUCAAAUCAUAUCAAACUACAAAUCAACCCAGCAUACAAAUUUCAAAUAAAGACUUGCAGGAUAGAAAACUAAUCAGUAAUACAGUAAGAACAGAAAAAGAUGAAAUAAAUAUAGAAAAACCAACGGCAUACGGGAAUAAAAUAUUUGAUCGAAAAAAAUUAUUUUCAAAUUCAAGACGAAUGCUACCCGUUACGUCAGCCGUAAUAAGGAGAUUAAGUCCUAACAGCAAACCAAAUACUUCUGAAAUCCCAAAUGAGCUAGUGAAAACAGAUCACAUUGAACAAGUAAAUGUUAACGUAACAGAAAAAAAUAAAAUUAUCACAAAACUUCACUCGUUUCCAGAACCUCAUGUAAUACCAACAGAAAUGAUAAAACCAGAAAUAUUAAUAGAAGAAAUGAUGAAAGCAGAAAAGAAGCAAGAACAAAAUGAUAGUACAGAAAAUGAUACUUUUGAAGGCGAAGAACCUAAUUAUCCUAAAAUAAUUCCUAAGCCUUUCUUAAAUAAAAGCAAAGUAUUAGAAACGACAACAAACUCAGUCACAGAAAACAUCGAAAUAAACCAAACAGAAAGCCCAACGACCAGUUUAGCAUUAAUUAAAAACAGGUCUAUGGAGGAAGAAUUCGAAAAAAUGAUAGAUAAUUUAGAUUUAAAAACAUUUAACUUGACAAACUUCAAUGAUUAUAUCUUAGAAUUAUUAAAAACUAAAAGUGGGAAAGAUUAUUUGUCGAAAAUACUUGAAUCGAGAAAUAUGACAUUGGCUCAACUUCUCGAACAUAGAGAAAAAGGUUCAAGCCAGUUUCAUUUGUUUGAAAUCUUUCCACAGAAAAAAAAUACUGAAGAAAAUACAACCAGAAUUACAACUUCUAUACAAAGUACUACAGUAACUUCAACUUCGACAUCAUCAACAACUCCCAAGGAGACAUUAAAUAAUAUAUUUCCUUCGGAAGAAGUAAUGGACUCAUUUCCUCCUAAAUUUAUAACAGAUGAAACAGAAAAUCUCGGGGAGAAAAUUGAAAAAAGAGUUAGUUGAGUCAACAAGCACAAGCACAAGAGAAAGUAGGGAGCCACGUUUGUUUGAAAGCAUGCCUGAAUUCACGACUGCGACCAUACCUUCGGCUAAGAAAGAAGAAAAGCCAACUUGGAGAGUAAUACCGAAUCCUAAAUUCAGACCAGUAUCAGUGAGAGGUAAAUAUGAAGAGAUACCGGUAAGUCAUAUUUUAAAUAAGCCACUUGAAAAUAAUGCAAAUGAUAUAUACAUAGUUGAUGAGACAGAAACGCAGACAAAUAAAAAGUAUAGCCGCACGAAUGGAGAGGGAGCCAAGAAAGACGGCUUCGGAAGCUUCAGGAAAAUACCCGUAGGAGUAAAAUCGGCAAUAAUCAUCAGUGGUAUAAUACUCGCUAUGGCAACGUUCGGUUUUCUUUCAUUGCUCAUUUCAUGUCGCGUGCGACAGAAAAGAUCAUUACUCAGGGCAAAACAGGAUCUCAUGUGCGAACAUCUACAGAAUGAGGACUUCAUGGCAAGUCAGCAGAGUUUAAGUCCAGUAUUAACGAAGCACCAACAGGCAUACAGCCAUCAUCACGGUCAUGACGCCCACACGAACCCCAACAACAGGCAUUACUACCUAUGGAGAACAAUCAGGAGAACUUUCAGAUAUGACUAAUAAACAAAACAGCAGAAAAGAAAAAAAAAAUGAUAGCAAGAAAUAUCAACAUUUGUUUCUGAAUGAUCUUGUAAUGGUAUUAAGAUUAUUCAAUAGAACAUUAAUUUUACAAUGUCUAUUGUUAAUAUUUAUACACUAAAUGUAGUCCCACCUAGAAGUAUAAGUAUAUUCCAAUGAACGGAAAGAAUAUUUUUCAAAAUAUUCAUUUUAUAUUGAGUGUUUUAUAAUAACAUAAUAUUUAUUUUAAUAUCAUGAUAGCUUUUGUAAUCGAAGUCCAUAU